GGUGAUUGCUUGCCUUCAUCAGGGAUUGGGCAUGACCAGCAAGAGUUGAAGUGCUGAUGACGAUUUUGGCAAAUCAUGGAGGAGGAGGCAGAUGACGAGGUGUUCUUCACACAAAGGGCUUAUCUGGAACAUUCUCUUUCCUUUAAUAUCUGGUGCCAGGACGUCAAUGAGGCCGAGCUUCCACAUGAGCACGUGGUAGUCAAUUCUCAAGAGAAUGUCUUCUACUUCCCAGCUGGUGCCGGUAGGGCUGGGGGGAGCGAGGAGGAAACGGUGCAAGAAACUGGUAAUUGGCCGACUGCAUGUCCCAAUGAGAGGCGGGCGAAGGGAGGGAAGCCAUCCUUCACUGACCUUCCCAUUCUCAGUCCUGCAGCAACCUCACAGCAGCUUGAGGAAUCCAGGGUGUGCUCGAGUACAGUUCCGCUCCCACCAUCAUGUGCCAUAUGGCAAUCAUCAGCUAACUUACCUCUGAUUGGGCCCCACAACGUUACAGCAGAGCUUUCGCACAAUGAUGUCCGACAUGUGGAUUCAGUUGACAAGUUGAACAGGGCAGUGGGUGAAGGCAUCCACGAGCAGCCAGCUACUGAGGUGGAGGAGCCAUCCUCGCGCCCCCUUCAAGCUCAUCCAGCUGGUUCUUCUGUGCCAGAAUUGGACUCUGACAAUGUUGUCAGAGCUAGCUUAGUGUCAGUGGGGGAAACUGAAAAAACGUCUGAUGUCGAGAGUGCACCUGGUUUAGUGACUCCUGUGGCAACGACGACGGGCGAUGUGCAUUGCCUGAUGUCAACAUCAACGCCGGUUCUGCCGAUGGCCUCUCAUAGCACUAGAAAAGGGCUGUUGGACGAGAGGGAGGAAACUUGCGGUUUGGCAACAGCCCCAACGGCGGCUGAUGGGGUCGGCUCAAUACCAACAUUGAUUGUGCCAGAAUCUCCUCAUGGCACUGCAAAGAAGCAAUUGGGCUCCAGAGAGAGGGAACCCCAUGGAUUGAUGCUGACUGCUGGAAGGGUUGAUGACAUUGAUCUGCUAUCUGCUGGGAAAGGGAGGCCAGGGACUGUGGAAGAGCCUGAGAGUAGUCAAGCCGCAGCUACGAGGGUUGAUGGUCUCUGUUCGACACCUGCACCGAUCCUGCCGGCAUCUCCUCAUGGCACUGCACAAAACCAGUUGCGCGUCAGAGAUAGAGAACCCCAUGUAUUGGUGGCGACAGUUGCAAGGGUUGAUGACACUGAUCGGAUAUCUGCUGGGAAACAGGGGCUGUGGGCUGCGACAGAACCUGCUAGUCGAGCUACAACUGCGAUGGUUCAUGGUGUCGAUUUGACACGAACAUCGACUGUUUCAGCAUCUCCUCAUGGCGCCACAAAGAACCCACUGGAAACCAGGGAACCCCAAAGAUUGGCAUCGAUGGCAGCAAGGGCUGGGGGCAUUGCUCUAGCAUCUGCUGGUAAAGGGAGCUCAGGGGCCUCCAUGAUGAAGCCUGCUAGUCAGGAUGAAGCUUCUCUGUCAGCAGCAGAUGGAGGGUGGUCUGCGUUUCAAGAAGUAAGCAAGGGAGGCAGAUUGCAAAAAGGACAAUUGCCGAGUCCCUCUGCUGUUGCUCUGUCUGCUGCGACAGUCCUCGCCGCCAUCCGGAAAAAGAAGGCUGCUUUGGCAUCAACAAUGCCUGCCGCCAAGCACGCGUUACCGGCAGCGCAAGCCGACCCGCCAGAAUCCCUGCUUGCUGAAACUGCGGUGCCUAGGAGAAAGCCUGCUAACAGCACUCUGGAGCCUCUGCCUUCAUUGAUGAUGAGAAACCCAACAGCGCCUCUGAACCUCGCUGCUUAUACCAGUGGCAAUGCGUUGGCCUCCCCUUCUGUUUUGCGCUGGGAGCAGGAGAGGCAGGAACAGCAGAAAGGAACUCCUCCUCCUGUGAGGCCUAUGCCACCUUCGCCAUCUCUCCAAGAGUCAAUCACAGUAGAAGGCCCAUCAUCAGAUGUGGCUGCAUUGGCUCCCCGAACAUCUCUUGGAAAGUCUCAUGCUCAUGCUGAAAAGCCAUUCUGCAUGGCAAGCCCGAGAGUGCUUGCAAGGACUGCUGAUGCAAUCGCCUCUCCUUCUCCCCACGAACGGCGAAUUCAGAUGCAACCGCAACCACCUUGCAGCGCUGAAGGCCAUCAUCUAAGGCCUCCACAUCCCCGAGUGAGCAUAACUCGAUCAUCACAAUCAUCACCGAUGGUGCAAACAUCAUCUUUGGCUUUAUCAUCAUCAUCAGCGCUUACCCCCGCUUUGCGAGAAUCUGUUGAACUGAUAUCCACUGUGAACAGCCCCAAGUGCCCUGCAGCUACUAUGCCCUCCCAGCUCACAUGGGGACAGGAGAGACCUCCACAGCAAAAACAGUGGCUGCGAGCUCAUCCCCCUUUUAACCACCCCAUGGUGUCCACGCCAUCAAGCCCUGAUGAUGUGGCUGCCAGACUGGCAUCAUCAUCACUCCCGGUGAUGCAACCUCCACGAUCAACAUCAUCAGCCAAGAGCACUCUACAGUCAGUGCACGCCCACAGCGCUUUGGAAUCACAUAUCCUCACAAAUCUGCAUGCAAGUGUUGCCUCAGACUUGUUGAGCAGUCAGAUAUCUGUUCCUGUGCUUGGAUCCGUUGAAUCGGUUUCAGGGAAGUCCUUGCGAAAUGCAGAACAAGAUGUUCACCAUGUGUCCCAAGUCUUGGGGGCGCCGAGGCCGAUAAGUGCAACCGGGAAGGAUUCUGCAGUGGCUAAUCAACCAACUGACACCUCGGGCUUUCUCCCCGGACAUCGGCCGCAUGGAGGGGUAUCACGGGGUGAGGUGAGGGUGUCGUUGCUGACUGCUGAGGAGCAUUCAUGGUACAUUCAGACACAAGGUGUUCGUGAGCACAGCAAGUUGUCACCAGCUGAUGCGGCACGGUUUGGAGCUAUGACUCGAGUAGUACUUCAAGAGCAAGAAGAAUAUCGGAAGGUUAUCUUCAGAGAAGGGAUGAAAAAUAGCGCUCGAUACAAGGUGUAUCACAAAAAGAUAGCUUCAUAUGUCGAGGAGGUUAUGAAGCGCAAGCGCGAGAGAGUGAAGGAUUAUCCGCAAGAUUACAAGAAAUGUGGGACGAUCGACCUCGACACCAGCACUCUGCCCGGGGCUGUCAAGUUCGAUUACAGGAAGACGCUCUUAUCGGGUGAUGGAUGCAUAUUGUAUAAGAUUGCACCUGUUCAGACUGUUCCUCCACCUCCUGGCCCUUCUGCAGCAGGCCCCCAACAAACCCCACAAUCCAGACCUGCAACUCCCCCCUCUACACCCAGAUCAACAGCAGCUUCACAACCCUCGUCACCAUUUGAGUUUCAGCGGCCUAAGCUGACACCGCCACCCAUGUUCUCAGGUGAGGACCCAAAGGUGGAUGUGGCAGACUGGGUUGCUGCACAGAGAACCUACCUGAGUGGGUUCAAAUGUGAUGAGGAUGUGAAGGUGUCACCCAUCCUUGCUCGCUUGGAGCGAUCAACACUGAAAUGGUGCACCUCCACCUCCAACAAGCAAGGUAUGGAGAUGGCUGACUGGGCGCAAAGGCUGGGGGUGGCUGGAUUUCUGCAGGCCCUGCAGGACCAGUUUGCAGACAAGGAGCAGGCUAGGAAGGCAGCAGACAAAAUUUUGCGCCUGGGCCAGAAAAAGUUUGAUGGCUCCUUGUCGAAACUGUAUUUCCCCUUUGAGAGUCUUACAUCGACUCCUGGGUUGGAGAUGAGAGUUGCAUCUUCAGGGUCUUUCACUUUUGAAGACUCUGAAUUGGAUGAGACGUGGGAGGAGGACUAUGCUCAGACCAUUGCUGAUCUUUUCCUGUCUUUACAGGAGAAGAAGAAGCAUAAGUCUGAACUCAUCCUGCUUCGACCUUACAUCCUGGGGGCCAAGAUUAAAGGGCUCUUAGACUGUGGGGCUACUCGCAACUUCAUCUCUCCCAAGGCAGUCAGCAAGCUGCACUUGGACCAGAGGUUGGUGAAAUUGCGACAGCCUUUGGAGGUACGCAUUGGAGACUCCUCCACAGUCAGGAUUACUACUGCGGUCAAGGGCCUACUUGUGUCCUUUGACAAGCAAGGAGAAGUCAGGCAACGCCUGAACUUCUAUGUGUUUCCUAAUGUCCCCUUUGACCUUGUUUUCUCCAUGCAGUGGCUUGGUGCCACCAAUCCUAGGAUCGACUGGCAGAUCCCUAGGGUUGAGCUGCCUGACCGGCAUGGGGUAUAUCGCCCUUGUAUGCUCGCUGACGAGUACCAUCCGGCCAGCAGUUGUUAUUGCAUGAGUGCUCGCAAGUUUUUGCGAUUCUCAAGCCAGACAGACCACGCCCGUCUGUUCGUGGCUUAUGUCAAACAGACUGACGUGGAGACUGCUCCAUGUCCCUCUCAGAUUCAGCAGGUUGUAGACAGUUUCUCAGAUCUUAUGGAGGAGCCUACUAGACUUGUCCAUAGGCAGGCCAAACAUAAGAUUGAGAUCGUGCCUGGCUCGGUCCCUCCCAAGGGCCGGGUCUACAGGAUGUCUCCUGCUGAACUUGAAGAGCUCAGGAAACAGUUAGAGACCCUGACCAGCAAGGGCUGGAUCAGACCCAGCACAUCUGAGUUUGGGGCACCAGUCCUCUUUGUUCCAAAGGGGAAUGGUGAGUUCAGGAUGAAGUUCAUCAAGAACUUCUCUGCGAUUGCAGCACCUUUGACUGAUCUCACAAAGAAAGACACUUCCUUUCUUUGGACCUCAGAAUGUCAGGAGGCCUUCACACGUCUCAAGGAGGCCUUGAUUCGUGCCCUUGUUCUGAAGCUACCUGACCCUACCCUGCCUUUUGUGCUCACUACUGAUGCUAGUCAGUAUGGGGUAGGGGCGGUACUUCAGCAGGAUGAUGGGAAUGGUCUGCAACCUAUAGAGUACAUGAGCAAGAAGAUCAAGACCAAAAAGCUGCAGGACUCUACCUAUGAGAAAGAGCUUUAUGCUCUUGUGUCAACGGUCAAGCAUUGGAAACACUUUCUCCUGGGCAGACACUUCAAGAUCUUUUCAGAUCACUCCACCCUUCAGUGGAUGAAGUCCCAGGGAGAGCCGAAUGACAAGCUUGCUCGCUACAUUCAGUUCAUUGACAUGUUUGACUUUGAACUGAGACACAAGAAGGGCUGCUACAAUAGAGUAGCAGAUGCCCUUUCUCGUAGGCCUGACGCUCUGUUCUUGAUCUCCUUUACUCACUCAUUUGGAGAGAGGACACGUCAGACCAUUGCCCAGUUGCUGCCCCAGGAUGAGAUCUUUGGGCCUAUUGUGCGGAAUCUCCAGGAUGAUCCUGCCUUUGAACCAGGAUAUACUCUGGUCUCAGGAUUGCUGCACACCUGCAGCAGAGGUGAGGAACGCCUGUGCAUUCCCCAGGAUCGCAAGCUGAGGACACUUCUGAUGUCAGAGGGUCAUGAUGCUCGUGGUCACUUUGGGGCCCUCAAAUCUUAUGCAGCCCUGUCGCAACGCUUCUUCUGGAAGGAGAUGAGGAGUGACAUGCUGCACUAUGUGGAUACCUGUGAGUUAUGCCAAAGGAACAAGGUUGUACGUCGACCCCUUCUUAGCCUACUCAAACCCCUACCUAUCCCUGAUGCUCCUGCACAGUCAGUAUCGAUUGACUUUACUGACUUGGGUAGGACUACACCACGAGAUCAGCAGGACUGGGAUCUCCAUCAGAGUCGUGCACAACUUGUGUAUAACACGUCUGUACACUCCUCUACCGGUUUCACACCCUACCGGUUGCACUGGGGCCGUGAACCACGGCAGCCUCUCGAUGACAUCAUCGACAAGGCUACCCCUACGCUGACACCUGGAACUGCAGAGUUCACCAGGCGUUACCGUGUGGACAUAGAGCGCGCCCGUGCUAACCUGUUGAAAGCCCAAAAGGUUAUGAUUCAACAGGCUAAUAAGCACAAGCGUCCUUCUACCAUUCGCACAGGUGACUGGGUGUGGGUACUUAGUUCUGAGCUGUCACGAGAGGAGGACAUUUCGCCUAAGCUGUUACCACGAUAUAUGGGUCCAUGGCAGGUCUUAGAUACAGUGGGAGCUGAUCCAUUUGGACCGUCCUACAAUGUGGACGUCCCUCUGCAUCUACAAACCUACCCUGUCUUUCAUGCAUCUAAGCUGUUGCCAUUUACGCCAGCUGAUGCAUUCCCAGACAGGCCUCCUCAGUUCGGUCCCCCUAUCCCUGGUAAGGGGUAUGAGGUCGAAAAUGUGGAGGAUGAGUCAG